AUUGCGGGAAAACCAGUUUACCUAGCAACGGAUCAUUUAUUUUCAUUUUUUCUAAAAUCGCAGUUUUUACAUUGAAAUAUUUUUUUUAACAUAACAGAAUAUGAUAAAAGCAACAAUACUUAUCGAACUUUUUUAAUAGAUGAACUAUUUUUUUAAACGAUCAAUACGCUGGUGUCACGGUAAACAACAUGGCGGAUGCCGUAAAGACGUUCGAGUAGAACCUCGUAUGAAAUAGUAUAAAUGUCAAUUAAAUGAAAUUGUGUUGCGUGUGGAAUGGAUAAAAACCUAAAUGCUAAAUUGUCUGUCAAAAAAUCACAAAUGGCGCUUGAAAAACUGAAAAAAUCUGCGAGUAGAAAGAAAAAGAAGUCUAAAAAGUCGGCAAAAAGUGAUCAAAGCCCUGACUCAUUGGAAGUUGAAGGGAUAGGAACACUUGAUCGGACGGGUGCUGAGUCCGACUCCUCACUGACGCGACCCAGUGGGUCACCAGGUAUUGCCAGCAAGGUUCAGCUCACCUCCGCCACCAGCCAAUCAGCUGCCUCAAAUACAAACUUUGACAACAGUACAGAACUGGUCACUAGAAUUCUCAAACCCAGAUCUCUACUUCAGUUUCCUCCUUGUUUGGGGGAAACAACUGAUUUGCCGAACAGCACAGCUUCAGCCAGUUGUCUGUUGGGUAACGAAACUAUUAAUUUGGAAAAGAAACCAGCCAGUGUUUCCUUUUCGAACAUUGACGAGAUACUUUCAACAAACCUUUCCACAAUGUCUGUGAAAUCCAAAAAUGGGUCCUCUCGCAGCAAGGGAAAAAGUGGUUCAAAAUCAUUAGCCAAUGGUGCUGUUUCUUCAAAGAAAGAAAAGGCAGUAAAAUCUGAACCGUCAAAGACCAGUGUUAACAAAGCUUCAGAGGAAGCGGCAAGAAUUCGAAGUGAGGAAAGUUUACGCUGGGAAUUUGUGUUAGAAGAUGAUGAUAAAGAACAAGAAAGAUUACGAGUUUAUAAAAUGAACCGAAGAAAACGAUAUUUAGCAGCUGCAACAGAAAAAGGUCUUGGCUGGGUUGUGAAUUAUGGUAAAAAUGGUUCCCCAUUGUCAGACGACUCAACUACAGACAUCCGAGAAGCAUACAGAGCAACCGUCACAGAGUACAGCACUGUCCGGAGCAUUAUUACUAGUCAGAGUAGUACCCCAUUGGGCGUUGCUGGAGAAAUUGCUUGCUAGUUGCAUUGAUUUAAAUUGCAUUAAUUCUCUUGAUAAAUAUCUUCCGAAGUAUUUGGCCACUGCUAGCAAGAUGCCUAUGCUUGAAUGUGUGCGAAUUUUCUUGCCUUAUUUCAUCAGAAAUAAUA